CAAAUUUCGCAACAUGUUUACAAAGUUUUGACGCCUGAAAAUAAGACUCGUGUCGAAUUUUUACCAUGUUUAAUAGUCUUCUGCUGCUGCUGCUUUGCUUUGUCAGUCAUUGUGGUAACUCCGCUGUACUUGUGACAGGGGAAAAGGGAGGCAAUGUCACCCUACCAUGUGAAUUUGAGGCCAGACAGAUUUCUGUUAUUGUUUUAAGUAGGGGGUCAAAAAAGAUACUUGUUUGUGGGAGUGAAGGAUGUGACAGUGAAAACAGCCGAGUAUUUAAAGAAGGAGCAUGUGACAUUGUUAUCAAGGAUCUGAGACUGAGUGAUGCUGGGAAAUACAUUUUGAAUGUCUAUCACAAUAAUGAUCAGCUGGAGCGCCAAACGAAGUAUCUUCAUAUUCAGGAUGAGAUUUCUGUGAAAACAGGUGACCAGCUGAAGUUGCCUGUUCUGUUGGCCAGUGCUGAUAAAGUGGAGACAAACUCCAGUGGAGAGUGGAAGGAGGUGUGGAGGAGAGGUCACAGGGUUCAGAGUGAUCGAAUGACUGACACUGAUGGGAACCUGACCAUUAAUGAGUUUAUGGACAGUGAUGCAGGAACAUACAGAGUUCUGGACUCUGAAGAAGAAGUCUUGAUCACAGUAACAGUCACAGUGGGAGAACGCAAAGCUUCCCCCCAUUCUGCUCAAAAACAUUGGAGUUGGUUAGAGAAAUUUCUUUUUGGUUAUGUGAUUUCAAUUUUUUGUGCAUAUAUAGUGAUUGUAGUAAUUCAGUUUGUGCUUAUGGCUGCUGGGAUUAUCUGAUGUCUGCAUGACUGCAUAUCUGAUGUCUGCAUGACAAGAUGUUACUUGUAAUUUUCACAGGAUUCUGUCAGCAUAUUUCUCCAUGCAUAUCCAUCAGUGGUGGGCAGUAACAAAGUAGUUGUACUUCGUUACUCUACUGAAGUACAUUUUUUCAAGUAUCUGUACUUUUUUGGAGUAGUUUUAUUUUGAGUAACUUUCACUUUUACUUCACUAUA